AUCACGUGACACGGAAGUUGUCAUAAGGAGCUAAAAAGAGGUGCAGAGAGGACUGCUGAUGUUAUAACCUGAAAAUAACUCUCUCUGCUGGCUUACAUACUAGAGGACUGUGGGUGUUUGUCGGGUCGUGAGCGAUAUAAACAGCAGAAGACGUCCGCGGAGAUGGAGUGGUUUAGAGGCGGCGUGUUUCAAGCUGAACCGGACCGAAAGGAAACCAUGCCCCGCGCACACCCACAAGAGCCCAGUGUGGAGAGCGUGGCAUCUCUGUGCCUGAGUCAGCAGCGCUGUGUGAAGGCCUCGAUCGUGUCGCAGUGGCAGCUGGCCGAGGCGCAGGAUCAGCUCUGUGGUUUGGAGCUGCACAGCUCUGAGUCUGUGGAGCAGGAGCGCGCUCGAGCCCUGGCCUCCUCCACAGAGCUCUCGCAGACCGAGCAGGAGUGGAGACAUAAAGAGAGCUUGCUGGGACGGAGCCCCACUCUGUGCCCAGGGGCCAGCCGAGAUGUGUUUGACAAGAGUAUCAUAAACAGUUCACAGUCUUGGCCUUAUGAAUCCCAUCACGAUAAGAACAUAAGCUUCAUCCAGCGUAAUGAAGAACUCUUGAAACAUUUUGGUAUGUUGAGGAGGUGGGAUGAUAGUCAGCGCUUUCUAGCAGAGUACCACCAUCUCAUCUGUGAAGAAACGGCCAAUUACCUGAUCCUGUGGUGCUUCCGUCUGCAGGCAGAGCAAAAAGAGGCAUUAAUGGAGCAGGUGGCUCAUCAGGCAGUCGUCAUGCAGUUUAUUCUGGAAAUGGCCCGCAACACUCAGCAGGACCCACGAGGCUGUUUCCGUCAGUUCUUUCAGAAAGCUAAAGCCGGGCAGGAGGGAUACUUGGACGUCUUCCACACAGAACUCAACGACUUUCUGCAGAGAGUUAAAGAGUAUACCAUGAAAUCAAAAGGAGAAACCCCAAAGGAUACAGUGCACCAAAACACACCGCCAGGCUGUCAGCUCGACCCCAAGGAGGUUUUUGAGUCUUUGCCACCGGAGCUGAAAACAUGCAUCCAGAUGCAGGAUAUGCAGAUUCUUCAGAGCGUGCUGAGCAGCAUGAACCCGCAGGUGGCAGAAUACCACGUGAAGCGUUGCUUGGAGGCAGGACUUUGGACGAAUAUACCACGAGCUUCCAAAGAAGAGAGUUCAGAAACCAACGAGUGGAGAAUGAUGGAGAGCUUGCAGUGAAGACUAGCAGUCCCUGACUAAACCUCACUAGAAAAACAGCUUUGGGUCACAGGACAGGAAGAACAAGGCCUGUGCUCGUAUCUGUGCCUGGAUGUGUGCUGCACUUUAUACUGGUUGAAAAGAGAAAGUAUUUUAAAGAGAUAGGGAACUG